AUGCCAAGCCCUCAGUACCCUCCACACCAAUAUGCCAAGCCCUCAGUACCCUCCACGCCCCUACGCCAAGCCCUCAGUACCCUCCACGCCAAUAUGCCAAGCCCUCAGUACCCUCCACACCAAUAUGCCAAGCCCUCAGUACCCUCCACGCCCCUACGCCAAGCCCUCAGUACCCUCCACACCAAUAUGCCAAGCCCUCAGUACCCUCCACACCAAUAUGCCAAGCCCUCAGUACCCUCCACACCCCAAUGCCAAGCCCUCAGUACCCUCCACGCCAAUAUGCCAAGCCCUCAGUACCCUCCACGCCCCUACGCCAAGCCCACAGUACCCUCACGCCCCUACGCCAAGCCCUCAGUACCCUCCACGCCCCUACGCCAAGCCCUCAGUACCCUCCACACCCCUACGCCAAGCCCUCAGUACCCUCCACACCAAUACGCCAAGCCCUCAGUACCCUCACGCCCCUACGCCAAGUCCUCAGUACCCUCCACGCCAAUAUGCCAAGCCCUCAGUACCCUCCACACCAAUACGCCAAGCCCUCAGUACCCUCCACGCCCCAAUGCCAAGCCCUCAGUACCCUCCACACCAAUAUGCCAAGCCCUCAGUACCCUCACGCCCCAAUGCCAAGCCCUCAGUACCCUCCACGCCCAUACGCCAAGCCCUCAGUACCCUCCACGCCAAUAUGCCAAGCCCUCAGUACCCUCCACACCAAUAUGCCAAGCCCUCAGUACCCUCCACGCCAAUAUGCCAAGCCCUCAGUACCCUCCACGCCAAUAUGCCAAGCCCUCAGUACCCUCCACGCCAAUAUGCCAAGCCCCUCAGUACCCUCCACGCCAAUAUGCCAAGCCCUCAGUACCCUCCACACCAAUAUGCCAAGCCCUCAGUACCCUCCACACCAAUAUGCCAAGCCCUCAGUACCCUCCACACCCAUAUGCCAAGCCCUCAGUACCCUCCACACCCCUACGCCAAGCCCUCAGUACCCUCCACACCAAUACGCCAAGCCCUCAGUACCCUCCACACCAAUAUGCCAAGCCCUCAGUACCCUCCACACCAAUAUGCCAAGCCCUCAGUACCCUCCACACCAAUAUGCCAAGCCCUCAGUACCCUCCACACCAAUAUGCCAAGCCAUCAGUACCCUCACGCCCCUACGCCAAGCCCUCAGUACCCUCACGCCCCAAUGCCAAGCCCUCAGUACCCUCCACGCCCCAAUGCCAAGCCCUCGGUACCCUCCACACCAAUAUGCCAAGCCCUCGGUACCCUCCACACCAAUAUGCCAAGCCCUCAGUACCCUCACGCCCCUACGCCAAGCCCUCAGUACCCUCACACCCCUACGCCAAGCCCUCAGUACCCUCCACACCCCUAUGCCAAGCCCUCAGUACCCUCACGCCCCAAUGCCAAGCCCUCAGUACCCUCCACACCAAUAUGCCAAGCCCUCAGUACCCUCCACGCCCCAAUGCCAAGCCCUCAGUACCCUCCACGCCCCUACGCCAAGCCCUCAGUACCCUCCACGCCCCAAUGCCAAGCCCUCAGUACCCUCCACGCCCCAAUGCCAAGCCCUCAGUACCCUCACGCCCCUACGCCAAGCCCUCAGUACCCUCUACAACGCCAUGCCAAGCCCUCAGUACCCUCCACACCAAUAUGCCAAGCCCUCAGUACCCUCCACACCAAUAUGCCAAGCCCUCAGUACCCUCCACACCAAUAUGCCAAGCCCUCAGUACCCUCCACACCAAUAUGCCAAGCCCUCAGUACCCUCCACACCCCAAUGCCAAGCCCUCAGUACCCUCCACACCCCAAUGCCAAGCCCUCAGUACCCUCCACACCAAAAUGCCAAGCCCUCAGUACCCUCCACACCCCAAUGCCAAGCCCUCAGUACCCUCACGCCCCUACGCCAAGCCCUCAGUACCCUCUACAACGCCAUGCCAAGCCAUCAGUACCCUCCAGACCUGCACUGCCAAGUCCUCACUGCCCCCUCACCCUCCACAGCGUAGAGAGGGGAAGCAGACUCUCUCCCUGGAAAAGUGUUGA